AUGUGGUGCCAGGACAACCACCUCUCCUUCAAGACAAAGGAGUUGAUUGUGGACUACAGGACAAGGAGGACCGAGCACGCCCCCAUUCUCAUCGACGGGGCUGCUGUAGAGCAUGUUGAGAGCUUCAAGUUCCUUGGUGUCCACAUCACCAACAAACUAACAUGGUCCAAGCACAUCAAGACAGUCGUGAAGAGGGCACGGAAAAGCCUAGUCCUCCUCAGGAGACUGGAAAGAUUUGGCAUGGGUCCUCAGAUCCUUAAAAGACAGCACCAUGUCUGUGUCAGCACCAUGUCUGUGUCAGACAGCACCAUGUCUGUGUCAGACAGCACCAUGUCUAUGUCAGACAGCACCAUGUCUGUGUCAGACAGCACCAUGUCUGUAUGGACCGAAUAUGGAGCUCAACGCCCGGGGCAUCGCCUCCUCCUCCUCCUCCUCCUCCUCUCCCUCUUCUCCAUCACUGUUUUUCACGAGGCGACAGCGGCACAGGCAGCCAAUCCGGUGGACGUGCUGAGGAUCCUGGACCUAUCAGAGGACAUGGAGGGUGUGUCUCUGGAGGCGGGGCUCUGCACCAGUAGAGAGGGAAGAGAAGAGACGGACAUCUCCUUCAAGAUCAACAAGAAGAUCCAACUCAGUGUCCCUACAAAACAGCUGUUCCCAGAAGGGGGGUUCCCAGUGGACUUCUCUGUCCUGGCUACGGUACGUGCCCGGCGGGGUGCCCAGGUGUUCUUGCUGUCCCUGUACGACCCCCAGGGUACCCAGCAGCUGGGGUUAGAGGUCGGGAGGUCCCCUGUCUUCCUGUAUGAAGACCAGCAAGGCCUGCCUCCUCCUGAACUAUACCCGACCUUCAGGAAGAUCAACCUGGCUGACGGCAAAUGGCACAGGGUAGCGUACAGUGUGGAGGGUCAGUCAGUGACUCUGUAUCUGGACUGUGAGAAGGUGGAGAGUCUGGAGCUCCAGAGAGGUCUGAACCCAGAGGUCAGCACUGAAGGGGUCACUGUGUUCGGGACACGGCUACUGGAUGACCAGGUCUUCGAGGGAGAAAUCCAACAAUUGUUGAUCGUAGCCGACCCCAGAGCUGCAGAGACCUACUGUCAAGACUACAUUCCCGACUGCCACGCCCCUUUACCAUACGACAGCCUAUCACAAGAGACUGAGGAGGAGACAAAGCCCGCCAGGAGAGUUAAGGUGGAGGAGUUUGAUGAGUUUGACUACAGUGACCUUUACGACGACCUCUCUGUCUCCACGGUUACCGUGAGACCUAACAUCACAGAGUAUGAGAUUGUAGAGUACGAAGACUACGACAACGAAACAGAUGAGUACGAGGUCAGAGAGUAUGAAUACGAGGAGGAAUUUGAAGAUCGAUACGGAUUGGCCGAGAGGGAGAGGGCGGAGUCCUGGAACGGACAGGAAAGAAUAGAGAAAGGAGAGAAAGGAGAACAAUCCUACUUUGGAGCAAGCACCUUAAUCACAGGCCCCGGGGGUCUUCCAGGACCAGAGGGGGAACAAGGACCCCAGGGGCCCACAGGACUGGUAGGACCUCAAGGAGACCUAGGAGAACUGGGUCCUCCAGGCCGGCCGGGUCUCAACGGGGCUGAUGGGAUACCAGGUCCUCCAGGGAACAUCCUCGUGGUUCAGUUCCAGGCAGGUGGAGUCCAACUAACAGGACCAGUGAUAUCAGCCCAGGAGGCUCAAGCCCAGGCCAUCCUACAACAGACCAAGUUGUCUAUGAAGGGACCACCUGGACCACUAGGCCUUAUGGGACGUCCUGGACCGCUGGGUAACUCGGGUCCGUCGGGGCUGAAGGGAGUAGCCGGGGAGAUGGGACCAGCAGGUUCUAGAGGUAUUAUGGGCCAAGCAGGGAUGAAUGGAAAGUCAGGGAAGAGGGGUCGAGCUGGGACGGAUGGGAACAGAGGUGCUCCGGGUGAGACCGGUGGGAAGGGUGACAGGGGUUUUGAUGGCUUGCCAGGUCUUCCAGGACACAAGGGACACAGGGGGGAGAUAGGAAAACCAGGCCCCCACGGUACUCUUGGGCUGUCAGGAGAGAGGGGUUCCGAAGGACAACCAGGACCAAGAGGACAGCCAGGUGAUGCUGGUUCCAGAGGGUUGAACGGACCCAGAGGUCACACUGGCCCUACAGGUCAGCCUGGAAUCCGAGGAGUGGAUGGAAUCCAAGGUUCUAAGGGAAACUUGGGACCUCCGGGAGAGAUGGGAGCAUCCGGGCAGCAAGGAAACCCUGGGUUGCAGGGGUUUCCUGGUCCUCAGGGCCUGGUGGGCUUGCCAGGACUUAAGGGGCCCCAAGGGAAGAAAGGGUUACAGGGACUACCUGGGAAUGAUGGACCUACCGGUCACCCAGGGAGAGAGGGGACUCCAGGAGAGAAGGGACUACCGGGCCCACCAGGAGUCCAGGGGCCUAUAGGAUAUCCAGGAUCAAGAGGAGUGAAGGGAAGCAAAGGUUAUCUCUGAAUUAGAGGAAUGAAGGGAAGCAAAGGGGAGAAGGGUGAGGAUGGGUUCCCCGGCUCUAAGGGAGAGAUGGGGCUGAAAGGUGACGGGGGUGACAACGGGGUCCCAGGGUCCAGGGGAGAGGAUGGUCCUGAAGGACCUAAAGGACAGGCUGGACCCCUGGGGGAGGCUGGAGCCGUGGGCAUCGCUGGAGAAAAGGGUAAACUGGGAGUUCCAGGGUUACCGGGGUAUCCUGGACAAAAAGGACCGAAGGGUUCGGAUGGUUUUCCUGGAUCUAUUGGAGUUUUGGGAGAGAAGGGGAAGAGGGGUCCCGGGGGGGAAGCAGGCAGUGCAGGACAGAGGGGUCCUAACGGGGUGCGUGGGGGUCGGGGUGCCAAGGGACCAACGGGGAAGACAGGGGGAAAGGGCUCCUCUGGACAUGAUGGACCCAACGGACCAACUGGAGACAGGGGGCCUCAAGGGCCACAAGGACGGAACGGGGAAUCAGGACCCAAGGGACCGAACGGUCCAGCGGGGAAAGAUGGACUUCCGGGUCAUCCAGGUCAGAGAGGAGAGCCGGGUUUCCAAGGAAAGACGGGACCCCCAGGUCCAGGAGGUGUUGUGGGGCCACAGGGUAAAUCAGGUGAGACCGGGUCGUUGGGAGACAGAGGUCACCCCGGGUCACCUGGCGUACCGGGAGAGCAGGGCUUACCUGGCGCCGCCGGGAAGGAGGGAGCUAAGGGCGACCCGGGCACAGGAGGGACUUCUGGGAAAGCUGGUCCUCCAGGACUUAGGGGCUUCAGAGGCAGCAGAGGGGCUGCCGGGGGCAUGGGUCCUGCUGGUCUGAAAGGAGGUGAAGGACCAGUCGGAGCAGCAGGAGCUAUAGGGGCCGGUGGUGAGAGGGGUCCCCCAGGGUCAGCCGGUGCCAUUGGUCAGCCUGGGAGGGCAGGGGCUGUGGGUGGACCUGGACCAAUGGGAGAGAAGGGGGAACCGGGAGGGGCGGGUCCCAUUGGACCAUCAGGACAGGAUGGAGACCAGGGACCUCUAGGACUACCUGGAGCUGCAGGUCCUGCAGGACCCCCGGGGGAGGAUGGGGAUAAGGGAGAGACUGGAGGACCAGGGCAGAAGGGCAGCAAAGGAGACAAAGGAGAAUCAGGCCCCUCAGGACCAACCGGUGGCCAGGGGCCGAUGGGGCAGUCAGGAGUUCCUGGUGUGGAUGGGGAGUCAGGUCCCAGGGGCCAGCAGGGAAUGUACGGGGCCAAGGGAGACGAGGGUCUCCGGGGUUUCAAGGGCUCCAAAGGACCCAUUGGACUACAGGGGAUGCCUGGUCUACCAGGGGAGAAGGGGGAGAGCGGACACAUCGGCUUGAUGGGUCGUCCAGGUCAGUUUGGUCCCAGAGGGCCACAAGGGCCUAGUGGGGGACAGGGUGCUCUGGGCAGACCAGGUGGGGCUGGACAACCAGGGGUAAAUGGAGAGAAGGGGGAGGAUGGAGAAUCGGGAGACCCAGGACCCGUUGGUGUAUCAGGAGGCAGCGGGGAUAUAGGGGACCAGGGGGAGAAGGGGGACUCAGGUCUCUCUGGAGCAGCAGGGCCCCCAGGAGCCAGAGGCCCCCCAGGAGAGGAUGGGUCCAAGGGAAACUCUGGUCCGAUUGGUUUCCCAGGAGACUCAGGACAGCCAGGGGAGGCAGGACCCAACGGAGAGGAUGGAGGUCCUGGAUCCAAGGGAGAUGGUGGAGAUCCAGGGAAAUCAGGUCCACCAGGAGCAUCAGGGGAACCCGGGCCCUCAGGACCACCGGGACGCAGGGGUCACCUGGGUAAAGAAGGGAAGCAGGGGAAAGCGGGGAUGAAAGGAGGGAAGGGAUCUCCAGGGUUGGAGGGUCUCCUGGGGAAGACAGGACCGGUGGGAGCCCAGGGACAUUCUGGUAAACCAGGUCCUAGUGGUCUCAGAGGGAUCCCUGGCCCAGCGGGGGAACAAGGUUUAAAUGGACCACCAGGCGUAACAGGACCACCAGGACCCAUGGGUCCUCCAGGACUACCGGGGUUGAAGGGAGAUCCAGGCAGGAAGGGAGACAAGGGGUCACUGCUAUCUGUGGCUGUUAUGGGGGCAUCCUCUAUCAGUGAGUGUUAUUUAGGGGCAGAGAAGGGAGACAGAGGAUUUCCAGGGAACCAGGGUCUACUGGGACCCAAAGGAGACGAGGGUCUGGUUGGUCUAGCAGGUCCUAAUGGUCCUCCAGGUCUACCUGGUCUCUCUGGUAGAGUAGGACAGAAGGGUUCUAAAGGGAAUCAGGGUCCCAUUGGUGCUAUCGGAGAUACAGGUCCUGCUGGCCCUCCUGGACCUCCUGGUCUCCCUGCGGUGGGUCUUCAGUCUCUCCCGGUGCAGGAGAGAGGAAGGAGGAGGAGGCAACACUCUUCCUUUGACGGGGCCGCUCUGGAAGACGAGGAAGAGCAAGAGGGGAUGGAGGGAAGGGAGGAGGGAGAGGAGGAGAGGAUGCAGGCAGACCAGGCAGGGCAGGAGGAGGAGAAAGAGAUGGAGGAGGUGUUUGCUUCUCUCUCUUCUAUGAGGACGGAGGUAGAGGGUCUGAGGACCCCCCUGGGGACCUACCAGUAUCCAGCCCGAACCUGCAAGGAGCUACAGCUGUUGUUCCCAAAGUACACUGAUGGUGAGUACUGGAUAGACCCUAACCAGGGUUGCCAUAGAGACUCCUUCAAGGUGUUCUGUAACUUCACGGCCGAUGGAGAGACAUGUCUGUACCCUGACAUGAAGUUCCAAUCGGUGAAGCUGAGUUCCUGGAAAGGAGAGAAACCUGGUACCUGGUACAGCCAGUUCAGGAAAGGAAAGCAGUUCUCCUAUUCCGGUUCAGAUGGCAGUCCGGUCCAUGUAGUCCAGUUGGUGUUUCUUAAGCUGUUGAGUGCUUCAUCCAGACAGACGUUCACCUACCACUGUCAGAACUCAGCUGCCUGGCUCCAUACCGCCACCUUCAGCCACCAGCACGCGCUGCGCUUCAGAGGGAGCAGUGGAGAGGAGCUCACGCACCAGGACACACACUACAUCACAGCGCUGCACGACGGCUGCCAGUCUGGUUCAGGUCAGGAACGGACGGUGUUAGAGUUUGAUGCCCCUCAGUCAGACUCUCUCCCCCUCAUCGACGUCUCUGUCUCUGACUUCGGACACAACAACCAGAAAUUUGGCUUCCAACUGGGUCCCGUCUGCUUCAACGGUUAACGGCAGCCCUCCACGGCCGGUAACCGGGAUGAGACGGCCGGUAACCGGGAUGAGACGGCCGGUAACCGGGAUGAGACGGCCGGUAACAGGGUUGAGAUCCACGGACAUUUCCACAGGGGAAACCAGGAGACUGACUGAUGCCGCCAGAGAGAUAUUUAUAUAGCUUUACCACAGCACUCAUCCAUUCAUACUAACAGACACUCAUCCAUUCAUACUAACAGACACGCAUCCAUUCAUACUAACAGACACUCAUCCAUUCAUACUAACAGACACUCAUCCAUUCAUACUAACAGACACUCAUACAUUCAUACUAACAGACACUCAUCCAUUCAUACUAACAGACACUCAUACAUUCAUACUAACAGACACUCAUCCAUUCAUUCAUACUAACAGACACUCAUCCAUUCAUUCAUACUUACAGACAUUCACCCAUUCAUCCAUUCAUACUAACAGACACUCAUCCAUUCAUACUAACAGACACUCAUCCAUUCAUACUAACAGACACUCAUCCAUUCAUUAAUUCCUACUAACAGACACUCAUUCACUCAUCCAUUCAUACUUUCCUACUAACAGACACUCGUUCACUCAUCCAUUCAUACUUACAGACAUUCAUUCAUGAAUUCAUUCAUCCAUUCAUACUUAGACAUUCAUCCAUUCAUACUAGCAGCCUGGUAAUGAGGUUGAGAUUCACAGACAUUUACACAGGGAAAACCAAGAGACUUGCUGACGCCAUCAGAUAGAUAUUUAUAACGCUUUACACCAGGACUCAUCCAUUCAUACUAACAGACACUCAUCCAUUUGUCAUUCAUUCAUAAUUACAGACACUCAUUCAUCCAUUCAUACCAGCAGACACUCAUUCACCCAUCCAUUCAUACUUACAGACACUCAUCCAUUUGUCAUCCAUUCAUACUAACAGACACUCAUCCAUUUGUCAUCCAUUCAUACUUACAGACACUCAUUAAUGAAUUCAUCCAUUCAUUGAUUCAUCUAUUCAUACUUACAGACACCCAUUCACUCAUCCAUUCAUUCAUUCACCCAUUCAUCUUUUCAUAAUUACAGACACUAAUCCAUUCAUUCAACCAUUCAUCCAUUCAUUCUAACAGAUGCUCAUUCAUCCAUUCAUUCCAGCAGACACUCAUUCACUCAUUCAUUCAUACCACACACACUCAUUCAUGAAUUCAUCCAUUCAUUGAUUCCUCUGUUCAUACUUAGACACUCAUCCACUCAUCCAUUCAUUCAUCCAUCUAUUCAAACUUACAGACACUCAUCCAUUCAUUCAACCAUUCAUCCAUUCAUUCUUACAGACACUCAUUAAUUAAUUAAUCCAUUCAUCGUUUCAUCCUUUCAUACUUAGACACUCAUUCAUUCAUACUUACAGACAUUCACCCAUUCAUACAGACACUCAUGCAUCCAUUUAUCCAUACCCACAUUAAUUAAUUCAUCCAUACCUACAUUCAUUCAUCCACCCAUUCAUCCAUACCUACAUUCAUUCAUACACACAGUACAUUGUCCAUUCACACAGUUGAUCACUCAUUCAUUCAUCCAUCAUUCCUACACUCACUCCUUCCUAUAUUCACUCAUUCAUCCUGAAACCAAAGAAGCACCUCUACAUCUGGGAAACAUUUCCACAACGUGUAACUAACGUUAAUUAGAUGCUGUAUUCCAACCUCAUGUUGUCCCCAUUCUGUGUUGUUGAUGUGUGUGUUUUUAUAUGAACAGUUUUGUGUUGUGUUCUAAUGUAUAUUUGUGUGAUACUCAACCAUGGUGCUACAGUCUUUUACUUGAGUAUGUUUAAUGUCAUGUAUGUCUUCCUUGUCAAAGGGAAAGGGAAGGCAGCCAUUUUGUUUUUGUAUUUGUAACAUAAUGAUGAUGAUGAUGAUGAUGAUGAACAACAUUCUUGUCAGGACAUUAGAGGAUUAUGAUGUCACAAUGCCAUUUUAUUCACACUUGUGGGAAAAUUUAAUAAUGAAUAACCUGUUUUAAUAAAAGUGCACAACUGUUCACCCGA